GCUAGUCUGUGCGCGGUGCGCGAGACGCAACACACACGCGAAUUAAUAUCAACUUGCUAUUAUUUUAUUUAUUGUUUAUUUACUUUUUUUUUUUUUUAUAUAUAUUAAUUUCUUACACGCAAAACUGAGCCUACCCCACAGCGUGUCAAUUGCGAAAACAAAAAUGUUUCAAAUACAUAAUUAAAAAAUAAAUAAACAUCAAUAAUUAUUUAUAAAAAACAUUUAAAAAAUUUUCACAGUGAGUUUAUAAAUAUUGAUCUAAUUUAUUGAUUUAUUAUUAUCAUUGAGAAAUUGAGUGUCGAUAAGACGAGUGACAUAUUAUUUAGUGUUCUCUUUUUUUUUUUUGGGACAAUUUUUUGUGUUUGUUGAAUUUGUAAAUAAUUCAUUUGAUUUUGUUUGUAGUCAAACAUUAUUAUAAUCUGGUGAAAGAGAAUGAGAGGGAUAUAUAAGAGAGACAGAGAGAGAAGAGGUUGUCAGUGUUGUGAGUGAGGGAGAUACUGAGAGAGCCAGAGAGGAAUGAAAAAAGUGAGUGCUUUGUGAUCGUUGUUGCACGCGGAAGGAGUCAGUGGUGUGUGUGGUGGUGGUGAUACUCCAAAGAGACACUGGCUAUUAUUUUUUUUAUUUACUCACAUUUAUAAUACCUAUGUAUUGAUUAAUAAUUAAUUAAUAUUAUUUUAUAUAUGUGAGACAUGGUGAAAUACUCAAUAUAAAUUGUUUUAUUUUCUGGAAUAUAUAUGGAUCUGUUUGUUUACACUCGUCUUUCGUUCAUUUUAAAAGGUAAAUUUGAUAUUCGUGAUGCUGUUAAAUUCACAAUCUGAUAAUUGGUCGCAUGAAAUGCUGACACGGGUAGAGGACUGCUCUGGGAACAGUCCUGAUGCCUGUAUGAUGAUUGGUGACUUGGGUCAAUUUAUCAAAAAACUAUCACAAGUCUAUGACACUGGAGCAACUGUACCUACGAGUAAUACUCGAGCGUUGCACCAUGAUGGAAACGAUAAUCAUAAAAUUAGUUCACCAGUAAGAAUGGCAUAUGAAGUAUUUUUAGGUGGAUCCUGUAAUCCUACAACUUGGAGAGCAGACAUAGCAAUACCAGCACUUCAAAAAUUUGGAAUAACAUAUUACAAUCCACAAGUACCAGAAUGGAAACCAGAAUUAAUUGCUGAAGAAUUUGAAGCUAAAGAAAAUGCAAGAGUUUUAUUAUUUGUUAUUGAUAAACAAACUCGUAAUGCAGCAAGUAUAAUUGAAGUUGCACAAUUAGCAGCAUCAAGAUGUCAUUCAUUGGUGCUUGUUGUUUAUCAUUAUCAAAAAGGACAAACAAUAUCUGGCGAAAAAAUUUCUGCUCAGGAAUAUCGCGAUUUAAUGAAUGGAGUUCUCGUACUCCAAUAUUUUAUGGAAAGACAGAGGAUACCAAUAUUUAAAAAUUUAUGUGGCGCACUUAAUGGAACUUACAAGAUUCUUCGUGAAGCAACAAAUGUACAAGAUUUGAAUUCGGAGGAUGAAAUAAUGCCCACACAGUUAUCCAUGACCCAAAAUGAAGUCGAUUUAAUCGCACUGGAAAAAAUGUUUAGAUCACUCGAUCCGAAUGACACGGGUGGAGUACGUUUGGGUGAUGCAUGGAUUGCACUUCAAACAAAUGCCAAGUGCAGUGUAUCAUUACCAAAGAUUCACAAUGUCGUGAGUAAUCCAGAAAACUACAAGAGUGAAAAUAAUUUUAUACCCAAUGAUGAUCCAACAGAUCAACAAAUAAAUUUUAAUGAAUUUUGUGAUCUUGCAAGAGAAUGUUCAAGACACCCAACGAGUUAUGGAACAACUUGCGAAAAUUGGAUUAAUUCACAUAUACCUGAAUCAGAAAAACGUCAUUUAUAUAUUGGCGUUGUUGAUGAAGAUCUGAUUUGGCUUAAUUCCGUUGCAGCACCAUUGAUAAAAUCAAUGGGCUUGACGUUGUAUCAUCCCAAUAUGAAUGAUUACACAGUGGAUUUAUUACCUCAUGAAUUACAACUUAUGAUAAAUUCACGUGUUAUAUUAUUAAUAAUACCAAGUCAUUCACGUGGUAUUGCUAUUUCGGCAUUGGCAGCGUAUUUAAUUGGUCUUCGUACUAAACUUGUUCUAUGUGUUAAAUUAAUACCAAAUGGUGUUACAAUCUCCGGUGAACAGUUGACUCCACAAGCCACGAAGGAUUACAAUCGUGGGAGGAAUUACUUGUCAGACUAUGCGACGCGCGAAGGUGUACCUGUUUUUGAGAAUAUUGCUGAUGCAUUUCAGCACGCGAUGAAGCUACAAUGCAUCCAGUUCCCAAUCACGUGGCUUUGAGCCAACAAGAGAAAGGAUAGUUUUAUUGUUCUUCUUGGAAGAUUUAUUUUACUUUAUUGGAAAACAAUUAUUUUGAUAUUAUGGCCAAUUGUAUUACUUCCACUUGUCAUUAUAAACAACGAAGAGAUGUACAAGUGUCUUUAUGUGGUAACACUGAUGGCAAUGUUUUGGGUAACAGAAGUAUUACCUCUUCCAAUAACUGGAUUAAUUCCAAUAGUACUUUAUCCACUAAUGGGAAUUUUAAGUACAGCUAAAACAGCUGAUUGUUAUAUGAAUGACACAACAAUGAUGUUCAUAGGAAGUCUUGUUAUUGCUGUUGUCAUUGAGAGCUCUGGUCUUCACAUGAGAGUUGCAUUAUUAAUCAUCAAACUAAUUGGCUGUAGUCAUCGAAACUUGAGCCUUGGUUUAUUCUCUGUGACAAUGUUCAUAUCAAUGUGGAUAUCAAAUACUGCUGCAACAGCAAUGAUGAUUCCAAUUGUUGAUACUGUUUUGCUUGAACUUGAGACGCAAGGACUUGGUGAUAGAUUUAUUUUUGAUGAAUCAAGUACCGAGGGAGAAGAAGAACAAGGUGUAGAAAGACAGAAAAAGCCUACACAUACUACAAUGGUGUAUUAUUUAUCAGCAUCAUAUGCAUCAAGUAUUGGAGGAAUUGGUACACUAGUUGGAACUGGAACAAAUUUAACAUUCAAAGGAAUUUAUGAAGAACGAUUUCCAAAUAGUCCAGGUAUAAAUUUUGCAUCAUGGAUGCUUUAUACUGUACCAGCAAUGAUUGUCAUGGGUAUUUUAACAUGGUUGUGGUUACAAAUAAUGUACAUGGGAUUAUUUAGACCAAAUAGUAACGAUGCAAAAGCCAUUGACAUUGGUAAACAUGGGGAAAAAGUUGCUGCAUCAGUUAUUGAUAAAAAAUACAAAGAACUUGGACCAGUUAAAUGGAGUGAAUGGAUUGUUGGUACAUUAUUUAUAACAGUUGUGUUAUUGUGGUUUUUUAGAAAACCAGGUUUUGUUAAAGGCUGGCCUUCAUACAUCACUGAUUUACCAGUUAAGGAUUCAACAGCAGCAAUUGGUUUGACAAUUUUAUUAUUUAUAAUUCCAUCAAGACCUGAUUUUUUAAAUGCAUUUAAUAGUGAUCCAGAUAAACGACCAACAAAAUCAUCACCAGCAUUAAUAACAUGGAAAAUGAUACAUGAAAAAAUGCACUGGAGUUUAUUAUUUGUUCUUGGUGGUGGUUUUGCAAUUGCAACUGGUAGUUCAAGUUCUGGUUUAUCUAAAAUGUUGGGUAAUUCAUUAUCUGGUUUAAAGGAUUAUAAUGCUUUUACAAUUCUUGUUCUUGUUUGUUUAUUUGCUGAAUGUGUUACUGAAUUAACAGCAAAUGUUGCUGUUGCUAAUAUUAUUCUUCCAGUUUUAGCUGAAAUGAGUCGAGCUGUACAUCUUCAUCCAUUGUAUUUGAUGCUUCCAGCAGCAAUGUGCUGUUCAUUUUCAUUUCAUUUACCAGUUGGUACACCACCAAAUGCCAUUGCCAGUGCUGCUGGUCAUAUUAGAACAAAUGAUUUUAUCAUUGCUGGAAUUGGACCAACAAUAAUCACUCUUAUUGUCACAGUAUUUUCUUGGAAUACUUGGGGUGUUUAUGUAUUUGAUCUUUAUGAGUAUCCAUCAUGGGCAGAACCAUUAAAUACCACAUUAACAUCUUCCUUAUAAUUUAUUUAAAUUAAUUGUCCAUCAUUAUCAUCAUCAUCAUUUGUCUUUUUCUAAAUUGAGUAUUUCUUUUUUUUUUUUUUUUUGUACAUAUAAUUUUAUCAUCAUAAACAAUGUAUUUAAAAAGAAAAACAAAACAAAUAAAUUGAAAUUUUUAAAAAAAUCACCUGGAUAAUUUUUUUUACAAUAAUCUUGUAAUUGUUAAUAAAUUUUUAAUUAUUUAUUUGGCUUACCAUCAGUAGGAUUGUCCUUUGGAAUUACUUCACUUUCAUCAG